UCUGAUUUCCAGUCGGAAUCGUGAUCUGUCUACUGUUAGUUUUUAAAGGACAGAAAUGGCGUCCCAGAGACUAAGUCCCUUCUCCCUCACUCUCUUGCGGCUAUUGUUCAAAAAGAGGGUCUGUAAUGCACACUUGCGACCCUCGGUCUUUUAAUUUGUUGGGGUAUUCCGAAAGGGCCUGGCAUCGUGUUUAUUUUGCAUGCUUUAUUGUGAUAAUAUGUGCGUGCAAUAACGACGAAUUUUGUAGCCGAAAGUGGCAGAAUUGGGGCUGAGGACUUAGUCUCUGCGCCAUUUUCUUUUUCUGUACGUAGCAGCCAGGGCGCCGAUCAGAGAGCCAACUGUCUGCCGUGAUAUGGAGGCGAGAGCUGGGAGCUUAUCGCCUCUCGCCGCCCGUAUCUGACCACCAGCAGCACUCUGCCUCCAUCUCUGUGCUGCCAGCAGCUCUAGACAUAUAUGUGCCCUGCCAACAGGGAACACUCACACACGAGUUUAAAACUUAAAACUCACAGAAAAUAAAGUUGCACUACAUUAUUAAAAGCUUUGAGCAAUCUUUUUUUUGGGGGGGGGGCCCAAAUUGUACCAUCCGCCCUACAGUAUCCGUUACUCUUGCAAAGUUGAGUGCACUUUUAAAACAAAUAAAUAAAAAUUGUGGCAGACUUAAUUUGCUGCAUGGCGUGAUGGAAAGCAGAGCAUUGUGUGGGAAUUGAUUUCAUUUAUAAGUGGGAUGUGUGUUCCUGUUUCACACAACAGAUAUUACCCGUUAUUAAACUGCCAUGACAACGGGGCGCCACGAGGUGAUGAUCAAGCCAAGCCAGGUGUACCUCGGGAGGGAUUUCACCCAGCAUGAAACAUUUUAAUAUUGAAGACUGAUGUAAAAUCAUUAUUGCAGCAUAAUCAUUUGACUGGCUGCUCUGAGAGAGUGAAAACAGUCUUUCCCCUAAAGCACCAUUUCAUAAAUUCCGUUUUAAAAAACUAUAUCAAGUGUUGGAUUAAAGCCUGCUGAAAAACAUAUUGACGUGUCAAGAAUUAGAGGCAAUGAAUGUUGUGAGGAUAUCGUUGGAAGAUGUGGUGGUUGAACGUCAGGGGGAUUGUGGCUCAGCUACAGCAAAAGAUGCGGGGCAUUGAAGGCUAAUUUGCAACUUUCAAAAGUAGGGUAAAACCGUAGAAGAAAUAUGCUGGACUCUCACAAACAUAAAGACAAGCACAAAGACAAGGAACACAGACACAAAGACCACAAGAAAGACAAGGAGCGGGAGAAAUUCAAGCACAGCAACAGCGAACACAAGGACCACUCUGAGAAGAAACACAGAGACAAAGAGAAGCUGAAACACGGUGAUGGCAGCUCAGACAAGCACAGGGAAAAACACAAAGAGAAAGACAAGGACAAAGACAAGAGGAGAGAAGAGAAGAUCAAAGCAUUUCAAAUCAAGGCUAAAAAGGAGAAAGAAAACGGAUAUGUAAGAGAUACAAGCCCUGCUGCCAUUAAGAGUGAGCCUGAAGAAGACAAUGGCUUCUGCCCUUCUCCUCAAUACAACAAGACCUUCAAACAAGAGUAUGACGAUGAGGAAUUUGAAUUCAAACCCAAGAAGAUCAAGACGGAACAUGACAAAAAGGCCAAGAAGAGGAAACAUUAUCAUGAAGAGGAUGAGGAGGAUGAGGUUUCUUACGUUGACAUCAAGCCCAAAAAGAAGACAAAAGACAAAAAGGUAGCAGAGGGAAAGAAAUCCAAAAAAGAAGAGGAGGAGAAGUGGAAAUGGUGGGAGGAGGAAAGAUAUACUGAUGGCUCCAAAUGGCGCUUCCUUGAGCACAAGGGUCCAGUGUUUGCACCUCCGUAUGAACCCUUGCCAGACAAAGUCAAAUUUUAUUAUGAUGACAAGCCUAUGAAACUUAGUGCUUCUGCUGAGGAGGUAGCUACGUUUUUUGCCAAGAUGUUGGAUCAUGAAUACACCACUAAGGACGUCUUCAGAAAGAACUUUUUUAAGGACUGGAGGAAGGAAAUGACACCAGAGGAGAAGUCAAAGAUCACUGACCUGAACAAGUGCGACUUCAGUGAAAUGAAUGAGUACUUCAAGGCGCAAUCAGAAGCUAGGAAACAGAUGUCAAAAGAGGAGAAACAGAAAAUCAAAGAGGAGAAUGAGCGAAUCCUCCAGGAGUACGGUUUCUGCAUCAUGGACAACCACAAGGAGAGGAUCGGAAACUUCCGCAUCGAGCCUCCAGGCCUCUUCCGAGGACGGGGCGAUCACCCGAAAAUGGGAAUGCUGAAACGACGCAUCAGACCUGAAGAUAUCAUAAUUAACUGCAGCAAGGACUCGAAGCAGCCUAAACCUCCCCCAGGGACAAAAUGGAAGGAGGUUCGCCAUGACAACAAGGUGACCUGGUUGGCAUCUUGGACAGAGAACAUCCAGGGCUCCAUCAAGUACAUCAUGUUGAAUCCGAGCUCCAGGAUCAAGGGGGAGAAGGACUGGCAGAAAUAUGAGACAGCUCGACGGUUAAAGAAGUGUGUGGAUCGCAUUCGCACCCAGUACAGAGAAGACUGGAAGUCAAAAGAGAUGAGGAUCAGGCAGAGAGCUGUGGCUCUGUACUUCAUCGACAAGCUUGCACUGAGGGCAGGUAAUGAAAAGGAGGAAGGUGAGACAGCGGACACUGUGGGCUGCUGCUCGCUGCGGGUGGAGCACAUCAAACUGUACCCCAAGUUGGAUGAGCAGGAGUACGUGGUGGAAUUUGAUUUCUUGGGGAAGGACUCCAUCCGCUACUACAACAAGAUCCCUGUAGAGAAGAGGGUCUUUAAAAACCUUCAGCUGUUCCUGGAGAACAAGCAGCCUGAAGAUGACCUCUUCGACAGACUGAAUACUUCUAUUCUGAAUAAGCACUUACAGGAGCUGAUGGACGGCCUCACAGCCAAGGUCUUCCGUACCUACAACGCCUCCAUCACCCUGCAGCAGCAGCUUAAAGAACUUUCCUGCUCUGAUGACAGCAUCCCGGCUAAAAUCCUGUCAUACAACCGAGCUAACCGGGCAGUGGCCAUCCUCUGUAAUCACCAGAGAGCUCCACCCAAAACUUUUGAGAAGUCCAUGCAAAACCUGCAGACCAAAAUUGACGAGAAACAGAAUCAACUGUCAGCAGCCAGGAAGCAGCUGAAGGCUGCCAAGGCUGAUCACAAGGCUUCCCAUGAUGACAAGAGCAAAAAGGCUGUGGAGGUGAAGCGUAAAGCUGUCCAAAGGAUAGAGGAGCAGCUGAUGAAGCUCCAGGUGCAGGCCACAGACAGAGAGGAGAACAAGCAGAUUGCUCUGGGCACCUCCAAGCUCAACUACCUGGAUCCACGCAUCUCUGUUGCCUGGUGCAAGAAAUGGGGCGUUCCCAUCGAGAAGAUCUACAACAAAACCCAGAGAGAGAAGUUCGCCUGGGCAAUUGACAUGGCUGACAAGGACUAUGAGUUUUAAACGCACAUCAUGUUUUACCUUUUCUACCCAUGCCUUUGAUUGUAAAGAUGGUCUGUAGUUGAUGUCAAAUGAUUCCACUGUGUGGUUACUCCAAGGCUGUGAAGGAGGACGCUAAGACUUUAUUGGAGCUGUGACCGCAUUUUAAUAAUUGUGUUGUAUAUAUGGAUUGGUUGUUAAUAUAGGAAAGUAACUCCUUAAUUAUUUCGCCAAUCUGCCAAAGGGUAUCUCUCUUAAAAAAAAAAUAAAAUAAAAUCAUAGUAGUAUGUAUGUAGCUGCAGCUAUCUGCCUGCCCAUGAUCAAACAAUGAAGAACACAUUAGUAUUAUCUUUUGUCAGAUAUGACUGUACUGCAAUUUGUAAGCCAUCAGACUUAUUGAGAAAUUAUAUAUUCUCAUAGAAUAUUGAAUUAAUAAAUGUCUAUGUGGGAGACUGUGAGGACCAACAGAUAAUAGGAUGAAUUUCAGUUUGUGGAAUUGUGGUGUGAAAGAUUAGUACAAUGAAAUGACAGACUGAUGACAGUGUGAAGAAUAGAAACCCUUGCUUUGAUUAUUAGCACACAGAAUGUCAUCCUUUUUUCCCCAAUUAGUUUGAUUUUUCUGUUUAUUUCAGGGAUGUACAUAUUUUUGUCAUUUUUCUGCAACUACGAUUCAGUGUUUCAUAAAAUGUGUGUUGUAUGCAUUGUCAACAAAAAGCUCUUCGUUGCUCAUAUGCAACUUGUGUGCGUAUGUGUCUGUUUCCACAGUUUUGCAUUGAACAAGACGUAACGUUCCUCUUGGUCACUUGAAACAGCUGAAGUGCUGCGUAAUGUUUCGUGUGUAAGAGAUGAAAGAGACUGUUCCUUCAGACAGGGAAGGUUUCUAAGAGGGAUGUGGACUUUGCCAAAAAAGAUCACAGAGUUUUAUCAUUGUAGUGUGCUUUUUUUUGUUGUUUUGCUGUGAUUAAGUAGGAAGUGUCCUGCUUUCAUCAAAUUCCAAAUAUGAAAUGAAUAUUCUAACUUUUUGUCAUUGAUAUUUCUUGCUAUUUGACCAUUUAUCACACAGCUCCUGAUUGAUUGAGUGCUUAUUGUUUUGGGCUUUGUAGUUUUCAGAAUAAAACAUCAACCUUG